UUUGAGUCUGACACCAAAGCUCAGGUUUGGACCAUAGCUGACCCUCACCUUACCCUACGGAAUUUACUUUUGUUCUGCAAAGAGAAUGUGGUUUCUAGGGAGAAGGGGGUAUCAUCAUUCCAUAUGGAACUUCCAGGAAGGGUGGUAAGGGGACAGAGGAGAGACCCCCAGAAGAUGCUGCUUCUCCUGCUCGGCUGUCUCCUACCUGCUGCCAAUGGGAAGAGCUGUCUCCUCUGCUGGCCAGGACUGCCUGCAUUGUUAGACUAUGAUCUGCAGAUUCUUUGGGGCACCCCAGGGCCACCCACAGAGCUCUCCCAAAGCCUCCACACCUUAUUCCUGAAGGAUCAUGUCUUCAUCGAACCCUGGUAUCUUGAUCAGAACCGUAUGGAAGAAGCAGCAGCCAAAUUAUUCAAUCACAUAGAUGAAGCCAUCAAGAAGUUCCGAGAUAAUAAACCAUCACUUUUGGAAGAGAUUCAUAUCCAGCAGAAGGUGUUUACUGAGAAGCUGGAUGAGAUAUCUGAGGAGCUGAAGGAGAAGGCCUGCAGCAAGUCCUGUGACCUACGCUCCACACUGGAGGUCAUGAACUGUGCCAACUGCAAGACACACUUCCUCACCUGCAAAGACCCCACUCUUUGCCCAGCCAGUACUGGGAGUACCUUUGCAUGGUUUGUGAGCCUUGGCAUUAUUCUGUUCCUGGCAUCUGUAGCUGGAAGUGGCCCAGAUGCUACAUUUUCUGGCAUGAGAAGAGGAAGAAGGAAAUAGAAAAGCAGGAACCCAGCAGUCCACUGGUCUUCCACAGCUGAGCAGAGAUAGUGCAGUUGCUGUCAGGAAGCCCUUUCAUCACUGGGUUCCUGUAACCAUCCCUUCCCUGACCCGCUCAGACCUGGUGUGGUCGCAGCUCUGUGACCCAAGAGACCACCCUCUGUCUUGUGGCUUCCCUAUGCACAUACUUUAUAAACACCUUUUAUUAAAAUACUUUCCUACUAUUGGAA